CCUUCCUCCAUGGAUUCGCUCUCGGCAUGUCGAAGUGGUUGUUGUACCUGAAUGUUCCGCCGCGAUGAAGCCUGUUGUAGGUCAGAAAUUCCAAUCAUUGGAUUUUGCUUUUGCUUUCUACGACAUAUAUGCCCGUGCAGUUGGCUUCGAUACGCGCAAACAAGCUAUGAGGAAGGUUGAUGAUGUCACGACCUGGUAUCAAGUUGUAUGCAACAGGGAAGGAAGGAAAAAGGAUGGUGAGGAUGACCAGCUGAAUGCUCGUACUGGUUUCACUAUCAAGCGUAGGAAGUUAUCUAAGCGGUGUGGUUGCACAGCUAGUAUAUCCUUCAGGUUUUUCUCGGAAGAUGGCUCGUCGUGAUACAUAAUUCACGAGUUCAAUGAGAUUCAUAACCAUCACAUGGUUGAGACGGAACAUCAGCAAUUCAUGUCUAGUAAUCGCAAGUUGGAUGAUGUUCAUCAUAAAUUUAUCCUCGACUGUUCAAGGGCGAAUAUAGGACCCACGCUUACAUUUAAGGUAUUGAAGGAGAUUCUUGGUGGGUUCGAACUGGCUGGUUGCACGGUUGGGGAUAUCAGGAAUGCCUCACGGGACAUCAAAGAAUAUGCACAAGGAUAUGAUGUA